AUGUCUGAGGUUCAGGACCAGGACAGAGCAUUUGAUUUUUUUUCCCCUUGUUUUUGCUCAGGAAAUGAAGUUCUCCCUCCAGGAACUCCAGUUGGAAAUGGACUAACAUCAGAAGCUGCAAAAGAUCUUGGGCUUUCUAAGGGGAUUGCUGUAGCUGCCUCUCUUAUUGAUGCACAUGCUGGAGGACUAGGCAUGAUUGGAGCCAAUGUGAAAGGACAUAACUUGCCCUGUGAAAAUCAGCCAAUUACUUCCCGAUUGGCUGUAAUAUGUGGGACAUCAUCAUGCCACAUGGCGGUUAGCAAGUCCCCUAUAUUUGUUCCUGGUGUUUGGGGACCUUAUUAUUCAGCAAUGGUGCCAGGAUUGUGGCUAAAUGAAGGAGGUCAGAGUGUAACAGGGAAACUGAUAGAGCAUGUUGUCCAAGGACAUGCUGCUUUCCCAGAACUACAAACAAAAUCUGCAGCCAGAGCUCAAAGUAUAUAUACAUACUUGAAUGGUCACCUGGAUCUGAUUAAGAAAUCUUUGCCUGUGGGUUUCCUCACUGUUGAUUUACAUGUUUGGCCAGAUUUCCAUGGCAACCGAUCUCCCCUUGCAGAUUUGACUCUAAAGGGCAUGGUAGUGGGACUGACAUUAUCUCAAAGUCUUGAUGAUCUUGCUCUUAUUUAUCUAGCUACAAUUCAAGCCAUUGCGUUGGGAACCAGACAUAUUGUAGAAACAAUGCAAGUCGCAGGGCAUCAUAUCAACACUCUGUUUAUGUGUGGUGGUCUGAGCAAGAACCCUCUCUUUGUCCAAAUGCAUGCAGACAUCAUUGGCAUGCCUGUUGUUCUGGCCCUAGAAAUGGAGUCUGUGCUAAUGGGCGCUGCUAUUCUUGGAGCCUGUGCUUCUAAAGAUUUUGAUUCCCUGCAG